AGGAUUUGCCUUGGCGGAUUAUAGCGGAGCACCGUGUGUCCGGUACGCGGCGCUGUUGUGCUGGGUUUACGGUUCGAGCCUGUUCGCGUUUUGGAGGCAUAUUCUCUCUUUCAACACUUUCUCCCCGAUCCGCAGUGUUAGCUCAGCGUCUGUCCGAGCGGACCCGCUUUAUCAUGGCCGUCUGAAUCCGGAUUUGAUCCAAGUCUGAUCUCCUUUCCCCCCUUUUUCCCGACGUGGAGAAUUAAUUAUCGCAUUGGGAAUCGUUUCUUGUGGAAUAUUACUUUAUUUGUGCCAAUGUUCAAACAUGCAGCCUCCGCCGAGAAAGGUAAAAGUGACACAGGAACUGAGGAACACACACAUCGAUCAGAUCGGCCGUCUUCACCUCAAGCAUCAGACAGAAUGUGAUUUAUUAGAAGAUAUGAGAACGUACAGUCAGAAGAAGGCGACUCUGGAGAGAGAUUACGCACAGGCCCUGCAGAAGUUGGCGAGUCAGUAUUUGAAGAGAGAUUGGCCCGGUAUCAAACCAGACGACCAGAGAACAGACUACAGGAAUGUAUAUGGAGUUUGGAGAGCAUAUCUCGAAGGCACCGUGCAGGUGACCCAGUCUCGCCUAAAUGUCUGCGAAAACUACAAGAACGAGAUUUCAGACCCGGCCAAAACUGUUCGUUUUUACAAAGAGCAGCAGCUGAAAAAGUGCAUCGAACAGCUGGGCCGAAUCCAGGCAGAAAUCCAGGACUCAGUUAAAGACCUGGCCAAGUCCAAAAAGAAAUACUUUGAAUUGGAGCAAAUGGCCCAGGCUGUGCGAGAGAAGGCCGACAUCGAGUCCAAGUCGAAACUGGGGCUCUUUCAGUCCAGGAUUAGUUUACAGAAAGCCAGCGUGAAGUUGAAAGCCAAGAGAAGUGAGUGUAACUCAAAAGCAACACACGCGAGGAACGAAUAUCUUCUGACACUGGCGGCGGCCAACGCACAUCAGGACCGCUACUAUCAAACUGAUCUGGUCAACUGUAUCAAGGGUCUAGAAGGAAAUGUGUAUGACCACGUGAAGGAUUAUCUCAUAUCCUUUUGCCGUACCGAACUGGAAGCAUUUCAAGCCAUCCACAACACCUUCCAGUUCCUCCUGGAAAAGUCCAGCCGAGUAAUGCAGGAUUUCAACCAACAGUUGUUCCUGCAGGAGAACCCGGUGUUUAUUAAAUCACAAGACUUUCAGUUCCAGCCCAGCGACAGUGACACGACUCUCAGCUCCGUCCAGCAGUUGGUGGACAUUGAGCCUUCGGCCGUCAGUGUGAUGCGAAUGACUCUAGCCCAGAGUCGGCAGCUGGAGUCGGAGACGGGCACCACCGAAGAACACAGUCUUAACAAAGAGGCGAGGAAAUGGGCAACACGGCUGGCCCGCGAACACAAAAACAUCAUCCAUUGCAAACGGACUCUAGAGGAGUGCGAGACGCUCGGGACUCCAACCACAGAACAGAGCCGGAAUGAGCUGGAAUUCCGAAUAGAGGAAGCCAAAGAGAACAUCCGGAAAGCAGAGACUGUAAAGCUGAAGGCCGAAGCUCGUCUGGAUCUUCUGCGGCAGGUUGGUGUUUCUGUGGACACGUGGUUAAAGAGCGCCAUGAAUCAGGUGAUGGAGGAGCUGGAGAACGAGCGCUGGGCGUCACUGCCCACCCUUACCACCCAUGACCUCUCUCUUUCAACCACUGUGGAUUUGGAGCGAGAGGAGGGCGAAGAAUCAGAGGAGAACAUGGAAACGCAUGACGACAGCAGUUCAAGUCCUUCAGGGACUUUAAGAAACUAUCCGCUUACCUGCAAAGUGCUUUACUCAUACAAGGCCUCUCAGCCAGAUGAGCUUACGAUCGAUGAGCAGGAGAUGUUGGAGGUCAUUGAAGAUGGAGACAUGGAGGACUGGGUGAAGGCACGCAAUAAGACCGGUCUGGUGGGCUACGUCCCGGAGAAAUACCUGCAGUUUCCCACAUCUAACAGUGUUUUGAGCAUGCUGCAGUCUCUCGCCGCUAUGGAUGCACGAUCACAUUCAUCCAGUAACUCCACAGAACCUGAACUAACCUCCGGGAGCUUCAACGGAGACACCAGCGUGAGUUUUGUUAAGGCCAUGUAUGACUAUGAGGGUCAAACAGACGAUGAGCUGUCCUUCCCCGAGGGCGCUAUCAUCCGCAUCCUCAACAAAGACAACCAGGAGGACGAUGGGUUUUGGGAGGGCGAGUUUAACGGACGGGUGGGCGUCUUUCCGUCUGUGCUGGUUGAGGAUCUGAUGGCCUCAGAGAACGGAGACUCUCAUUGGCUGACGGAUGCACAAGUGUCACCUUGUCAAAGGCUUCAUUCAUCUCUUCCUCCUUUGCCGCUGUACGAUCAGCCUCCCUGCAGUCCAUACACGAGUCCAGAGACGAGCUCCGCCCCGGCCCUGCCCCGCUCACCGUCUGUUAAUGGAGAACACAAACCACCCUCGCUGCAGAAAGCACCUGUUCACGAUCACAGUUCCAGUUUAAGUCCAGAGAGUCCAGGUUUCCCUCAACCGUUGAGACUUACUCCAGAUGGACUGGGCCCUGGAAAACUCAGACCUGUAUGUAGAUUACUGCAGAUUUUAUCAUUUAUGUUUUUGGUUUUAUACGUCUGUUUUACAAACAUCCUGCUGUAGUGUCUCACAGACAGU